GACCUGGUCUCUCAAAGCGCAGACUACACCCAGGUUUGCUUCUCUUUACUCUAAGGCUUGUCUAGUUCAAGCUGUUUGUCAGGAUUUCAGGAAAGAAAAGUUAACAUGGCGACAGCACCUCCAUUUCCAGACUCUGCUGCUGGCCCUUCCACCAUUGCAGCUGAUUCAACCAUCAGGAUCUUGCUGCUGGGGAGACGUGGAUCUGGGAAAAGCUCCUCAGGAAACACAAUACUGGGAGAAAAAGUGUUCAUCAGCCCAAAACGCUACAAAGAGAAAGUGACUAAAACCUGUAGAGAACACACCGGCCAUGUUACAGGAAGGAAGGUGUGUGUGAUGGACACACCAGACCUGCUGGAUCCAGACAUCACAGAAGAGGAGCUCCACCGAGAGAAAGAUAAACUGCUGUCUCUCUGUCAGUCUGGUCUUCAUGCUGUGCUGCUUGUGGUUCCUGUUGGAGAAGAGCUGCAGAGUGAGGAGGAGAUACUGGAGUUUAUUAGAGUACUGUUGGGUCCAGGCAUUCAGAAGUUUAUCAUAGUGCUCUUCACACGAGGAGACGAGCUGGAGGACGACGAGACGAUCGAGCAGCAUAUCCAAGAGCAUAAAGAAGUUAAGCAGCUGAUAGAAAGUUGCUGUGGACAGUUCCAUGUUUUUAAUAACAGACAACUUGUUGAACUUCAGGUCAAUGAGUUACUGGACAAGAUUGAUAACUUGGUGAAGAAUAAAGGAGGAAGAUUUUUAAUAGAACAGAAAAAAAAGAGAAGCAUGGAUGAGCUUAUCCUGUUUUCAGGGGACACCAAGGAAGAGGGAACUAGUGAGUUACAACAGGAUCCUGAGAGCAAACAGCAGAGGAGGCUGAUACUUUUAGGGAAAACUGGAGUGGGGAAGAGUGCUACAGGAAACACCAUCUUGGGCAGAAAUGUGUUCAAAUCUGAUCCAAGUUCAUCUUCUCAAACACGAGAGUGCAGGUCAGAAAAAACAGAUAGGGGUGAUAAACAGAUUGUUGUAAUCGACACACCAGGACUGUUUGAUACCUCACUCGACCAAGAAGAUAUAUUCAAGGAAAUUGUAAAAUGCAUGACUUAUUCAUCUCCAGGUCCUCAUGCUUUCCUCAUAGUAAUGAGAAUUGGACGAUUUACAUUAGAGGAGAAGGAGACUAUAAAGCAGAUCAAAGAGGCUUUUGGCGCAAAUGCAGAAAGGUUUACAAUGAUUGUAUUCACCUGCAAAGAUGAGUUAGAACAGAAAAAUCAAACCAUUCAGCAGUACAUAGAAAACGGUGACCCGGAGCUGAAAACCCUUGUGGAGAGCUGUGGGAACAGAUUCUACUGUCUGAACAACAAUGUAUCCAACUACACACUGUUUAAAGAAUUUAUGGGUAAAAUAGAGUCAGUUGUGGCUGAAAAUGAGGGAAAGCACUUCACUGAAGAAACAUUUGAAAGUCUUGAACAAUCAAUUCUGGACAUUCAGAAUAAGAAGAUGCAAGAGAAACUGAAGGGUUACACUCAGGAGCAGAAGAAUCAGAGUGAGUGGCAGAAAAUUUACUGGAGUUUACUGGAAGAGUCACGAUCUGAAGCUCAAAAGGAUUUAUUUUCUGACAUUUAUAUAACUGCAUUAGCUAAAUGUUUGGGAAAGAUAAAAGUGACAUCAGAGGAGAGAGAGAGUGCAAUUAAGGCAGCAGAGAGCAAAGGGGUAAACCGAAGACAAGCAGUGUGGGUGGCGAUCAAAGCCACAAGAAAACUAGCCAGACAGCAGAUGUGUGCGACUCAGUAAAAAGAUCUAUCACGUGUAAUACAUUCAUACGUGAGAUUAUAGUUCUGUUAUCAUAUAUUGUUCAGAGUAAUGUGCCAGGUACAGAAAAUAUAUUCUUAGAGGAAAAUGACCUUGAGGGGAAGUCCAAUAUCCUGCAGUUUUUAGUUAUUAUUAAAUCAAACCUGCACUUGAAUGUGUGUGUGGUAAUAUCUUGCUAAGAUAAUACUUAUUAAUGUUAGUCUGCAGUUUAGUAACAUGAAACAGGUAUAGGUUGAGCCCAGAUGAAUCAAGUCUUUAACUAGAAUUCUGUAUAUGUAUAAUCAAGAACAAGUUUUUGAAGAUGACAAGUUAUACACAGACAUACUUUAUGCAUUCAAUCCUCAGUAUACUGCAUCAUACUGAGUGCUCCAUACUGUUAUCACACUUACUUUGAGGGUUUUGUGUUUAUGUUGCCAUAUGCAUUUUGAUUUGGUCUUGUCUCCAUCAUGUGUUAUGUUUAUUAUUUCAGUUCCUUGAUUAUUCUUUGUAUUUAAGCUUCACCUCCAACAUACAGUAGAUACAGCAGGUACACCUGUCCAGUGAGGAUUAAUGAAAAAUAA